ACAAUAAGUGCAUUCAACCAUGAGGGUACAAACCUAGAACAACAAGUAUCAAGAAAGUACAAUUUUCUUCAAGGUAGCCAAACUACAAAGUGCUAGAACCUGUGGGAGGAUCCAGGACAGUUGCCAGCUGGGGACAGAGCAGCUCCACUGACACACAGCAGCAGCAGCAGCAGCAGAGGCAACAACAGGCAGCUGUAAACGCAGGAAGAAAACUCCCAGUCGACAUGUCUCAGCAGUUCUCAGACCUGGAGACGGCCAUUAACACGCUGGUCACACAGUUCCACUCUGCUUCAGCUGACAAUGGUCCAACACUGAAAACUGAUGAAUUCAAAGGACUUUUGUCCUCCCAGAUGCCAAACCUUGCCAAGGGCGCUGGCACAGAGCAGGGCCUGGGCAAGAUCAUGCGCGAGAUGGGUGUAGGUGAUGGAGAGGGCAUCUCUUUCAAGCAUUUCUGGAGCUUAAUCCAGUCAAUAGCCAGCUCGCAGCAUGGCGUCCUCAGCGGCCAGAAGGGCACCUCAUGCAGCUGCAUCCUUAUGUGAAGAGCAGGCUUUCAGCCUAACACAUCAGCAAGCUCUGAGUUUCCAACCCGGAAUUUAACCAAACUCAGUAACAAUACGUAAAUCAUUCUCCUAUUCAGGUGUCGGACAGAAUACAAGGGUGCAAAGUUUUUCUGCUCACAACAAGCUGUUCUCAACAUGUAGGAUUACAAAAACAUUACAAGUUCUCAUGUUGUGGUCUCCAUCUGACUGGUUUCCAUAUCAUGCCCCUGCCUGUAUACUGCCCAGCUUCCUUUGCACCAGUUAAAGUACAAUUCAGGCUAGUUUAAAUUUCUGUGUCCUGUGAUGAUAAGCUAAACAAAGAAAGUUUCCGGAUCAAAAUGACCACAGGUAUCAGCAUCAAUGCUCUUAUGGCUUCAAUAUGUUUCAAACAUACAAUGUCAUUUAAUAACACACACAUGCACACACAAAUGUGUCCAACAUCAAUUUCAAUAUGCAUUAGUGCCACAUUGACCAUUUGGUGAGGAGUGAAGAUUCUCCUCUGUCUUAGAAUGUGCACGCUUGCUUUCUCUUGAUCUCAGGUGUACUUUAUUUCAAUCCUUUUUAUUUUUGUCUUGGUGUUGGUCUGAAUUGGCUAUAAUACCUCUGCGUUAACAUGUGGUCAGACUAGUGUGACACAUAUUUGAUCGGAAUUUGAAUUAACUGGUGCAAUAGGCCGCUGGACAUGAUUACAGUAAAUAUUAUCACUUUCCAUUAUUUACUCUAAUUUAGUUUUUAAUUACUUUUGAUUGAGGGUGCCUUCUGUCACAAAUAACUGUAGGGUGAAAUACCCAAAGUUAAAUAAUCAAACAGCUCACAGCAAUAUCUUAAAAUGGAGAAGAUCAUCAUUCACAAUUUUAGAAAAGGGAAUAAGAGCAGGGUCUUGUGGUGUCAGUUUUUAUCACUAGUUAACCACUUAAAUGCAAACCAUAUAGUUAAUCUACAGUAAUAUAGUAUAAUCAACUUUGCAUGUCAGACAUGUUAACUCAAGUCUUCACCAGGCACAGCUGUGCAUGCACCACCAUUUGCGUGAAGGCCAGAUCAUUAUAAAGAUAGAAGAACCACUGAUUGACUCUCAGAAACUUUACAACAUUUAAAUACAAUUCCUUUGUGACUCCAUAAUAAGUUAUUAUUGACAGUUCACAAUAUCUGUUAUGAUCAUAUCGUAAGCAUUAUGCCAAGGCUAAGGUAUUAGCCCUUUUCAGUGUAAACCUUGUCUGAAUCUAUGUUAUUGUAAUCAUCUCAAUUUAACCUUAUAUAUGUUUCAGUUUAGUGAAACUGAAACCAUUUUUUAAAAAAAGAUGUUAGCAUGUUAAUUCUGUUUCAUCUGGAGAAACCUCCCAAACAGAAGCAUCUAAACGUGUGGUUUGAAAGUUUCAAAUAAUAAUGCUUCAUCCUCUGUGAUUCAGCAAAUUCCUUGUAUUUAUAUUUUGUAAUUCUCUGUAUUCUGACCUUUGUGACACCAUAAAAAAAUUGUAUGUAAUAAACAUAUUAAAAAAAAUAAGUGGA